AUGUCUGCCAGGCCCCCAAAGCCAGUCUAUUUCUCCGACGGGCAGGCUCUCCAGAGCCCCCCGCUCACCGUGCGACUCACCCGCUUCAUCAAAAGCAUUUACUUCUUCCUCGGCUUGUAUUUUACUACCCUCUUUUCGCUCGACUCGUACGCCGCCGCCGAAAACUCCUCUUUCAACAUCAACAACCAGAGAAACAGAUAUACUACCCGCUCCCGCUGGGGAGGUAGCACAACCUCAUUUGGUGGAGGAGGAGGAGGUGGUGGCGGUGGUCCGGGAUUUGGUCCGCGGCGCGUUGGCCGUGUGGAUGAUGUUCGUGGGCCAGAGUGCAAGAGCUGUCAAUAA